UAGAGAAAGACAUAGAAAAGAAGUUUAUGCUUUAUCCUUUUUUGAGGGGGGACAGACCUCUAAAGUGGCACACGCAAUUGCGUAUGUUUGCUGACUAUUUUCUACCCUCCAACAUUUCACAGAUGAAAACAUGAAAUACAAACAACAUUGAGAUUACAGUCAAGAUUGCGAAAAUAUUAUUCAUGACAAGGGAAAGCAUAAGCUAGGAUACCAUGAAGCAGUUUGCUUUUAUCUGAGGCUGCAGGGAAGGGCAAGAGUUUGUGCUCUUCUUCCCUACCCUCUAAGCAAAUUUGAACUCUACUUGCAAUUGUAUUCAAUUGCUUACAGCAAUUGAAGUAAGCUGAGAACUAUGGGGCAAAGCAAGAACAAGGUAGAGAAACCGGGACAUUUGUAAAGCAGAUGAAAAAUUGGGACAACAGAGGAUUAACCAGAACUAUCCCACCCAAAUUAGGUCAGUUUGUUACAGUAAGUUGUAGCAGGAUGAAGUGUGUGUUAAAGAAGUUUGGAGAAGCAAUAUGCUACUCGGAGAAAGAGAAACAAUAUGCUGUAAUGCUGCUAUGCUCUAACAACGAUGCUCUUUGCUAUGGUGGAAUAGCUAUUUACUGAAGGUUUAUGUUUUGUUCUCACGUUUGAAUGAAGAUACAGAAGCCUUAUUCUGUGUUUCUUACAAGGACUAUGUAAGUUUAUUGCACUGUUUGAUUAUGUAUGCAACACUGCAAGAUUAUGCCUUUGCUGAUAAAAGUUUUUCUGUUCCCUUUUCCUGUUUCCUGUGUGUCUUUUGCAUGGGACUUGGCUAAAACAUGCUCUGCGCAACACAAUUGAAUUCAAGACUAAUAUGAGAGCUUAUAUUGAAGAAUGCUUAUGAAAGGUUCCCAUUUUGAGCAAGAAACGUGGUUUUUAGUAGGUGGGAGAAAAUAUUCCAGUAGAAAUGCUGCAAGUGUAAUCUCGGUAGCGUUAACCCGCACCCAACACCCCAAAAUGCUUGCAACCAAUAAUGGUGCAGUGUGGCCCAGGAUCAGGGGAAAUUCAGUAGAAGGUGUGAACAGCAAAAUCUGUUUGCUAUACAUUGCAGGAACUUGUUUGCAAGAACCGUCCAAGGUGAUGACCUCCUCUCUUGGCAGGCUGCCUGGUUCUUUUUCUCUUCCUUUCUAAGGCUGUUGCCUUCUGUGUUUGUUGUUUGCUAGGACUUGGAAUGGAAACUGCCUGAAACACAGAAACCCACAUGGAGGGCUUCCAAGAAGGAAAUCAUCACUAGCUAGAACUCCCCGCCCUGCAGUAGCCACUCCCUUCAUGGUGGAACGUUCUGUGAGAAGGCAAGUAUUUGUCCACCCAGACAGAAGAAAAUCUUCCACAGUCAUGGCGUCUUCCUCGUCAGUGGUUGACUCCAUAGAGAGGCUGCAGGACGAAGUGUCAUGUUCCAUUUGCCUGGAGUACCUCAGGGACCCUGUGACCAUUGACUGCGGCCACAACUUCUGCUCAGUAUGCAUCACUGACCACUGCAAGAGAGGCGCAGGUUCCACAACUGGAGCAGCUCUUUGCCCACAAUGCCGGGCCGGAUUCUUGCUCGACAAUUCACGCCCCAACAAGCAACUGGCCAACAUUGUGGAAGGCAUUGAGCGGCUGGCUCUGCGACCGAGCAAAGGUUAUGCAGGAAGCGAGGCCUUGUGUGAGAAGCAUGGGAAGAAGUUGCGUCUCUUCUGCCAGGAUGAUAGUGAACCCAUUUGCUUGGUGUGCGACAAAUCGCGAGAGCAUCGCAUGCACACCGUCUUGCCCAUUGAGGAAGCUGCCCAUGACUACAAGAUUAAGCUCCAGGAAGCUGUGGCUCUUCUCAAGACAGUUCUAGAAGAAGCAAAAAAACUGGAGGCACAAGAGGAAGCGAAAACAACUCAGUGGAAGGAUAAAGUAGAGGAAUGUCGAGCGCUCAUCAAAUCAGGUUUCGAAAAACGCCGCCAAGCAAUGGCCAAAGAGGAGCAGCUGCUUUUGAGCCAGCUUCAUGAAGAAGAGCAAGUGACAGUGAAGAAGUUGCAGACGAACUGGGCUUUCCUUGCAGGGCAAUGUGCUGGGCUACAGCAGCUGAUAUUGGAAAUGGAGCAGAAAUGCCAGCAGCCGGCAGCCUCUUUCCUCAAGGAUGUGAAAAACACUUUGAUCAGGAGUGAAGGAAUAUCCCUGCAAGAAUUACAGCCCAUCUCGAUGGAUCUGCAGGAGUCUUAUGACGUCCCUGGGCUUUUGGAGUCUCUCCGAAAAUACAGAGUCCCAGUAACCUUUGACCCUGACACAGCAAAUCCCUACCUGCUUCUCUCAGAGGACCUGCUCAGUGUUCAAGUUGGAGAUCGGAAACAAGAUCUGCCCAAGAACUCUUCCCGAUUUGAGACAUGCACAUGCCUCAUGGGUUGCCAGCAGUUCACAUCUGGGAGGCACUACUGGGAGGUCUGUGUGGAAGGCAAGACCAGCUGGACACUCGGAGUGUGCCGAGAGUCUGUGAGUCGCCAGGGGAUUUUCACACCCUCGCCAGCCACGGGGUUCUGGACAGUGUGGCUGAGGAACGGUGAUGAGUAUGCAGCCUUGACCUCUCCCCUCACAGAACUCGCACUGAGAACCCCGCCUAGGACCAUAGGCAUUUUCUUGGAUUACGACACAGGAGAGGUUUCCUUCUACAAUGCUGACAGUGGAUCACACUUGUUUACAUUUGCAGACUCCUUCUCGGGAGCCCUGAAGCCUUACUUUUACCCUGGGGUAAAGGCUGGGGGAAAUGAUGCUCCACUCAUCAUCCAAGCAGCUGGCCAUGAAGAUAAUCUUGCCCUUUCCAACAGUGAGACCUUUUCCUCCAAUGAUAUGCCACUGCCACUGAAGGAAGACAAAUUUGUAUUAUAUGGUUAGGUUUCUCCAUGUGUAACACAAUGUUACAGAGAGGUUGGAUGUGGAGGCUGUAUUUUGGACAAAGCUCUGAAAAGUUCCUUCUAAGGAAUGUAUGUGCCAUAACUACCAAGGCAAUGACAGUGAAAAAUGUUUCCAGGCCCUGUUGAUGACUUCCAGUGGACCAAUAAAUGUGAAUUUGGUAAGCAGCAAUGUACCACUCUUUCUGAGCCUGAUUUGCUUCGUAGGAUUGUCGUAAGUUGAGGAGGAGAGUCAUAUACAUGCUUUAAACUCCUCAAAGGGGUAAAUAUAAUUAGUAAUACAUAAGUGAAGAAAUAAAUCUUUCCAUUGCCAACUAUCAUUCUGAUUAAAAUCACUCUUCAUUGCUUCU